UAUACGUGCACACGUACCCAUGUACGUGCAUACGAAAAUGUAUAUAACUUCAACAUUUUGUUAUUCGUGGGUUUGUCAUAGAAAUAUUAAAAAUCGACAACUAAAAAAAUAUUAGAUUAAUUGCUAAUUGUUUAAAUUAUUCUUAAUUGAUUUUUCAAUUGUAUUUUAAUUGUUACUGUGAUUAUUUAAUUUUAAUGAAUAUAAUAAUAUAUUAAAUUCGUUGAAAUGUGUAUUGUAAAUAUUUAACAAAAGUGCUCUCUGAAAUGGAAAUUCAACCUCAACUGACGUAUCGUCGCAAGUCAUUUCAAUUUAAAGAUUUAAAAAAAUUUGAUAUUUCUGAACAAUAUUUUGAACAACAAUAUUGCAACAUUUAUAAAGCAAGAUUGAGAGUGCUGAAAGAUUACCUUUUGGAGAAAGCAAAAAUUAAAUGGGCACAUAAUCAAGUAAUUACGUUGGCAGAACUUUCUGAAAGAAAUAAAAGCGAUACUUGUGUUAUAAUAGGCACUUUGUACAAACAUCAAGAAUUAAAACCAUCGAUAUUACACGAACUCAGUAACGAACUUCAAUUACAAGUCCAACCAGCUAGAAUAAAUUAUGCAUCAUUCAAGGAUAUAUUGUAUUUGGAAGAUGAAACAUUACGUAUUAAAUUAAUUGGAAAUCAUAUAAAUAUUCAAAAUGUAGUUACUGGUAUUGUUUGUGCUGUAUGUGGACAUGAACUGGAGAAUGGUGAAUUCUUAGUAAUAGAUUGGUGUUUACCAGGAUGCUGUCCGAAAUUAUCAAUUCUUGAUCAGCUAGAAACACAAGGAAAGAUUUUAAUAAUUUCAGGUCUAGAUCUAGCAAAUAAUUUACAAUUAUUAAAUAUAAAUCUAUUAUUUGAAUGGAUCACUGGAAUGGUUGGUUGUGAAAAGGUUCAUCAAGAUGUGGCAUCUAUUGUGUGUGUUAUUGUAGCAGGAAAUAGUAUAAGAGGAUCUCUGGAGACACAUAAUUAUAAAAAAUAUUUUGAAACAAAAGCUCAUGAUGAGGCUAUAUUUAAAGAGACUGCAAACAUAACACAUAAAUUGGAUAAUUUGCUUUGUCCUGUUGUAAAAUGUUGUCCUGUUAUAUUGAUGCCUGGGGAAUUUGAUCCAACUUCUCAUACAUUACCUCAACAACCACUUCAUCCAUGUAUUUUACCACAAUGUUCUAGGUUUAAAAGUUUUCACACAGUUACUAAUCCAUGGGUUGGUAGUAUAAAUUCUCGUAUUGUAGCUGGAUCCAGUGCCCAACCCAUUACAGAUAUCAUGAAAGUUGCUGGACUUGUUGAUAUUUCACCUUUAAUGUGGUUAGAGCGUACAUUACUUUGGCGACAUUAUGCACCAACUGCACCAGAUACUAUACCAACUUAUCCAUCUAACAAUAUUGAUCCAUUUAUUAUAACAGAGUGUCCUGAUAUAUAUUUUGUUGGUAAUAUGGAUAAAUAUGAUACCAAAUUAUUUACAGGAGUCCAUGGUCCAAGACUAGCUGAAGCAUAAAAAUCCAUAGGAUAUGGUUUAUCAUUGUUAAAAUUUAUCAUUUUUAAAGCAACAGCUCCUUCAUAUGGGGUAAGAAAAGGUUUUUCAAAAGCUGUACCCCAGUCUAUACUUAACCGCGGACACGCAAUCUGUAAUACAAAAAUUAUUUAAUAUACAGUCAUUAUAAUUAUGUGUUACAUAAUUAACAGAGAAAAUUUUGUAAAUAACCUGUAUAAAAGCAUCAAUGCCUUUAAAUAACUUAAUUUUAUCUGGAAAUAUU